CGCUAGACCGCAGUCGCGCGCCGGUCUGCGCGCGCGCACACACAUAUCACGCGCAUCGAUAUCGUCGCGAAAAUCGAAAAAAAAUAACUGCGCGAAAAUCUUGUUCACGUUUUAAAAAGUAACUGCUGAAAUUUAUAAGAGUUGCUAAUUUAAGUAGGUACUUAUCGGGUACAAAAAUUGUUACAAAUGCAAAGAUCCUUAUGUUAAGUUUUUCAGUAUGAAAAUAUUGAUUAUCAAACUUUAUUUUAAAGUAUAACCUCUAAAAUCCGAAAGCACAUCCAUUACGAAAAUACAAAAAAGACACUUGUACAUAGAUUAAAGACAUACGUGAUUUUAUCUAUAUUUAAAAACUAAACUAAUAUAAAAUUCAUGUUGAUAUUUAAUUCAGACCAAAAGUAAGCUUAAUUGGGACAUAAAUCAUGGUACACCGAGCUUAUGUACUAGACUGCCUGGAGACCUCGAGCUAGACCUUACAUCCAUAUACAAGCCGUUAAUAACUGCAUUCUAACAUCGGUCAAGACCAGCAACUUGCAAAGUAGGGCAUUUGAGAAACAUAACAGACGACUCUCGAGCUUAUGAAGUAUAUUCAAUAAAGUGUUAACACAUCUACAUUAAAACGUAAAGUGAUCUAUGACAAUUAGAUAUAAAACUUUGCCUCAAAUAGGUAGUUCCAGUUAAUCCUAAGGGAGCUUUAAAUAUUUUAAACCGUGUACAACGCACGUGGAAAAGAAGUUACGAACUUCAAUCAAGCACUAGAAAAAAGUUAAUAAGUUGCAAUAAUGGCGGAGAAGGCACCAGGAGUGGACUGCGACCACCUGAUGAAGGAGUUGGGGCAGUUCCGGCGGUUCCACAUCCUCAAUUACAUCCUGAUGGCGCUGGUGAGCUACACGGCUGCUCAUUACGCCAUCAACUACGUGUUCCUGGCUGCGGAUGUGCCCUACAGAUGCGUGGUCCCCGAGUGCGAAGCGCACAACAGUACCGACUUCAGCGCAGCAUGGACGGUCGCAGCAUUGCCCGAGCACGGCCGAGCGCACCGAUGUUCCCGCCGGGUCCCACUCGACCCCACCCUCCCCUGCGAGGCUAACAGCGCGUUCAGUGAAGAUGUAGUCGCCUGCGACCAGUGGCUGUACGCGUCCGCCAACACCAUCGUGACUGAGGUGAGUUCAUUCAGUGUUUUUCCUUCAACCCCACCCUCCCCUGCUAACAGCGCGAUCAGCGAAGAUGUAGUCGCCUGCAACCAGUGGCUGUACGCGUCCGCCAACACCAUCGUGACUGAGUUCAACCUGGCCUGCCAAGAGUGGAAGCGGACGCUGGUCGGCACCAUCCACAACAUAGGCAUGCUGGUGUCGCUGCCCAUCCUCGGCUACGUCUCUGACCGUUGGGGCCGUAAAACAGCAUUGAUCCUGUCAUGCGUGUUGGUGGGGGCCAUCGGCUCUCUGAAGGCUUUCUCUGUCUCCUACGAGAUGUACGUAAUCGUCGAGUUUCUGGAGACGGUAGCUGGUGCUAGCGCUUUCCCUGCUGCCUUCAUCAUGACGAUCGAACUGCUCGGUCAAGAGAAGCGAGUCUUAACGACAGCCUUCCUCGGAAUCAUGCUCGUCAUCGGUGGCCUGAGCUUCGCAUUGCUCGCCAAGACCUUCCAAUACUGGCGCACCUUCAUCCUGGUCGUCUACCCACCUUCUCUCCUAUUCCUUCUCUAUAUAUACUUCCUUCCAGAAAGCAUUAGAUGGCUACUUUCCAAAGGGCGCAAGGAAGACGCUUUAGAGAUCAUAACUAAAGCAGCAAAAAUGAAUGAUGUCACGCUUUCAGAAGAGACGAUUAAACAGCUUCAAGAAGCAAAAGUGCCUGUUGAAAAGAAAGAAGAAGAAGCAGGAUUAUGGAUCCAAGUGUUCAGAUCUCCAAUCAUUAUGCGGCGCCUAGCGAUCUGCUCGUGGUGGUGGAUCACUUGCACGUUCGUGUUCUACGGACUGGCGAUCAACUCCGUGUCGCUGGCGGGUGACAAGUACACCAAUUACAUGCUGGUGGUGUCUGUGGAGGUGAUCGCGGUGGUCACCAACGCGCUGGUGCUGGACCGGAUUGGACGCAAGCGGACGCUGCUCAUCGCGUAUAUUGUUUGUGGGAUUUCUUGCGUGGCCAUUGCUUUUGUGCCUCCGACGAUGUCGUGGCUAGCGACCCUUCUGUACCUGGUGGGCAAGAUCGCCAUCACGCAGGCCUUCAGCGGCGUGUAUAUGUACACGUCCGAGCUGUUCCCCACGCACGCUCGUCACAGCUUGCUGGGAUUCUGCUCGAUGGUCGGCAGGCUGGGUUCCAUCGUGGCUCCACAGAUGCCGCUAUUGGCAAUCUACGUAGACUGGCUCCCAUCAGUCCUCUUCGGCAGCACAGCACUGGUGGCAGGCGCUCUCAUGCUGACCACGCCUGAGACCCUCAACACACGGUUACCCGACACCAUACAAGAGGCUGAAGAACUCGCCAACCAACACAAGAAGCCUGAGAACUUGGAGAUGAAAGUCUGCUAGCCAAACCUUGAAUCAAAUUAAUAACUUAAAAACUCCUUCAGGAUAGCUAGCCAAGAUAAAAUUGUUAAUAGGAAACUCUAAUGGUAAUCAAAUUACCUGAUACAAUACGCCAGUCAACACAACAAGCCUGAGGAUUCGGAGAUGAAAGCCUGCUAGCCAAACAGUAAGCAUCAAAAAUAGUCGAUCACACUAAAAAUCAAAAGUAUAGUAGUUCUCUACCGGCUUAGAUAAAAUAGUCUCUACUUAUAUGGAAAAGAAUGUAGUGAUAUAUUUCUAUUUGGAAAAGUAUUCCAGCGGUGGUAUCAUGGUCGCAUUUUUAUACUUGUCAUGUGCGUCACUUUCGCACUCACAUACUUGCUAGAAUGUGACAGGCAUAAUGACAAUCAUCUGUUAUCAAAAACCGACCAUCUUAGCUCUACAGGGUUGCAGAUACUUUUGGCGCGUUGUUUCAUCCGCUAUUAUGGGAUAUAUUAUUCAUUUUAUCCGUUAUUAUUGAUUUUGACUGUACACUCUACACUGUACAGUUCUGAACUGAAUAUUUUCAUGUUAAACUUAGAGCAAACUGAGUCACCAAAAACCAUAGAUGCCAAGCUGUCACAAAAAAGCUGUCAAGAAAAUGAUUCAGUAUGUUGAUGAGUUGAUGACACAUUCCAAAUGACGAUUCAGUGACGUCAAUAAUGUAAAAUGUGCUUAUAAUGUAGUUUUUGUUUUAGGCCGCAGAUGCAUCUAUUGAUAAAAUUAACGAGAGAGCUAGAUGUAGAAGAACUUAUAAAGGUAAUAUAAAUUAAUGGAUGUAGUAAUUCUACAUCUAAUUCUGUCUUAGUUAUAAGGUAUAACUGCAGGUUCCAAAUAAGUACACAAGAGGUCGACUCCGUCUAAGCUAACUUGGGACUGAUUUGAAAAGAACAAAGUGAGGAGUGUCAUUAUAAACGUCAUAUUUUCGCAGAAAUUUGUCACUAAUGAUGACAUUCCCACACUUUGUCGUUGCAAAUGCCAUGUAAAUUUAGCUUGGUCCGACGUCUACUGUUGUUUGUAAUUGUAAAGUAUCAUUCUGACGUAAAUUAUUGUGAUAUAACUAAGGGUGACACUUCGCUUCGCUUUGACGAAAUAAUUAACGACAGGAUUAUUUAAGACAUAUUUAUAGAUCAUAAGCUUACUUUCUCUCUCCUUUCUAUAGAAUAUCUAUUUUUAUAAGGUUGUCUGUCCAGCUAAGUGAAAUGCCAUCCUAUAUACUAGUAUUCUAAUUAUAACUUACGUACAAAGUUAUGUUAUCCAUUAGUUUUACAAUAUUUUAAGACAAAAUUUUAUUUAACUGCAGUGUAAAUACACAUUAUUUUACAA